CGGAUGUGAUAGGCCAUGUGCAGGAGCUCUCCACACGGCUCGUCCUUUUAGCUCCAGGAUCACUCCGUCUCGCGGACCUGCACCCAGUCGCAGCUACACGCCUCUUACCUUACCCCCCAGAGAUGUUUCGUCUACCCACCAUCAUGAAGCAGGUGAGGCCCGUGUGCAGGGCGCUGGCGCCUCACCUCACACGAGCCUACGCCAAGGAUGUGAAGUUUGGAGCGGACGCUCGCGCCCUGAUGCUGCAGGGGGUGGACCUCCUGGCUGACGCCGUGGCGGUCACCAUGGGCCCAAAGGGUCGCAACGUCAUCAUCGAGCAGAGCUGGGGCAGCCCCAAGGUCACCAAGGACGGCGUGACGGUGGCCAAGAGCAUCGACCUGAAGGACAAGUACAAGAACAUCGGCGCCAAGCUGGUGCAGGACGUGGCCAACAACACCAACGAGGAGGCCGGCGACGGCACCACCACCGCCACGGUGCUGGCCCGCGCCAUCGCCAAGGAGGGCUUCGACACCAUCAGCAAGGGCGCCAACCCCGUGGAGAUCCGCCGGGGGGUCAUGAUGGCCGUGGAAACCGUCAUCAGGGAGCUGAAGAACCUCUCCAAGCCCGUCACGACCCCCGAGGAGAUCGCACAGGUCGCUACCAUCUCAGCCAACGGAGACGUGGAGAUUGGGACGCUAAUAUCCAACGCCAUGAAGAAAGUCGGCCGCAAGGGAGUCAUCACUGUCAAGGAUGGGAAGACCCUGCACGAUGAGCUGGAGAUCAUCGAGGGGAUGAAGUUCGACCGCGGUUACAUCUCCCCUUACUUCAUCAACACUGCCAAAGGUCAGAAGGUGGAGUUCCAGGACGCCUACCUGCUGCUGAGCGAGAAGAAGAUCUCCAGCGUGCAGAGCAUCGUGCCGGCCCUGGAGCUCGCCAACCAGCACCGCAAACCGCUGGUCAUCGUGGCCGAGGACGUGGACGGGGAGGCCCUCAGCACCCUGGUCCUCAACAGGCUCAAGGUGGGGCUCCAGGUGGUGGCUGUUAAAGCUCCGGGGUUCGGAGACAACAGGAAGAAUCAGCUGAGAGACAUGGCCAUCGCCACCGGGGGCACCGUGUUCGGGGACGACGCCGUAGGUCUGGCUCUGGAAGACAUCCAGGCUCACGACUUCGGUAAGAUCGGCGAGGUGCAGAUCACCAAAGACGACACCCUGCUGCUGAGGGGGGGCGGCAGCCCCGCCGAGGUCGACAAGCGCGCGGCGGAGAUCGCCGAGCUGCUGGAGAGCUCCACCAGCGACUACGAGAAGGAGAAACUCAACGAGAGGCUGGCCAAGCUGUCGGAUGGAGUGGCCGUCCUCAAGAUCGGAGGUACCAGCGACGUGGAGGUGAACGAGAAGAAGGACCGCGUGACGGACGCUCUGAACGCCACGCGGGCCGCGGUGGAGGAGGGCAUCGUGCCGGGUGGAGGCUGCGCCCUGCUGCGCUGCAUCCCGAGCCUCGACUCCGUCAAAACGGUCAAUGCCGACCAGAAGAUCGGCGUGGAGAUCAUCAGACGAGCGCUCCGUAUCCCCGCCAUGACCAUCGCUAAAAAUGCGGGCGUGGAGGGUUCGCUGGUGGUGGAGACGAUCCUGCGGGGGUCGGCCGAGCUGGGCUACGACGCCAUGCUGGGGGAGUACGUCAACAUGGUGGAGAAGGGCAUCAUCGACCCCACCAAGGUGGUGAGGACGGCGCUGAUGGACGCUGCAGGAGUCGCCUCCCUGCUCUCCACGGCCGAGUGCGUCGUCACGGAGAUACCCAAGGAGGAGAAGGAGAUGCCGGCGGGAGGCAUGGGGGGGAUGGGCGGGAUUGGCGGGAUGGGAGGCAUGGGUUUCUAAGCCAGUCCCCCCCCCCUGACUUCCUGUACAGACUUCUACAGGCAGAGCGGUGCGGGGGUGGGUCUGAGGAGAAACCCCAACAAGAAAACUGCACCCACUCCCACCGAGCUUUGCCCAAACUGACUGGCCAUGAUGAGUGUGUUGGAGCUGCAAAUGCUGCGUGCACCCCCCCCCCCCGUCAAGAAAGAUGCUAAUCCAGAUUUACUAAAACAGUUAUGAUCUCUGUAAAGUGAUUAAAGUGAUCUAAGAACAUAGUAAACAUGUUGUUGAUGCUCGCAAAAAGAUGCCUGGCCAGGUUUUGUCAGAGUCCUUUCUCUUUUGUUGUAGUAUUACGUUAAAUCUUGUUUUUUUUACAUUAUAUAUAUAUAUAUAUAUAUAUAUAUAAAUCUGUUUUGUGUCGCCCACCCCCACCUCCCAGCUAACAUUAUGAGGUUAAAGCUGUUAUUUUUAUUUAAUUAAACAACUUUUCUUGCAGAGCUUGUUGAUAAUUGUCUGUCUCUGAGGUGUUACGUUGCGUGUCCUAGUACGCGACCACACUCGGGUGAAGAGUGCCUAAACGACCAGAGUCCGAGCAUCACCAGGGGCCUGUUUAACGUUUGUUUUUUUAAUGUGUACGGAGAUGUCUGUGGUUGUCGUUGUUUUCAUGCAUGCAGCUUUGUGAGUUUUUCCCUGAUCCUCAGGCUUUACAGCGUCUGGUCUUCGUGGGGUCGGUUGAUUUCCUAACACACGGCUGAUUGAAUGUGACAGGCUCAGUUUACAAAGUCUAAAUGUGAAAACGUGUGCUGUUAAACAUUGGCAAAUCAUUUUUCCCCCUCAUACGCUCUGCUUUAACUACGAAGCCAGAAAACUACAGCACCUAGAGAGGACCCGGGAUGUUAGCAGUGAUCAUUCGACUUCUGUUUUGUACCAUGUAGACAAUGAUUAAUGGUGAUUUUUCUUUUUUUAUUUAAUAAAAUCAAUUGUUCAGA